AUGAAAUCUACAGUAUUGAUUCUUCUUUGUUUGACGCACUUGUUUUCACUGCUGGUAAAAGAGACUGAUUGUAUCGGGGGAUAUUCCGUUAUGAAAGGAAACAAUGGGAAGGUAGUGACCAUUUUUUUAUUGCCAUAACUGUUAUGAUAACUAUUCCAACAGGAAGGAGGCUAAACCAACUUUCUAGUUGGUUCCUCUUUUUAGAGUUCAUUGUCAUGUUUUUUGCUUAAUCGGUGUUUGUCAUCACCCAAAAGAAAAUGUGGUCGUCUUUAAACUAUAGAGAAACUUACAUGAUGAUUAAACAGACGUCAAGGGAACACUCGCUCGCUUCGUAAGGCGAGCUUUAUUAAAAUAAAGCUCAACUCUCACAAAGACUGGUUUAAUUAUUAUACAAAAUAUGGUAUGGAAAGUUCAUGUCUUUCUUAGGCUAAUAAAUUUCUAUCACAGAGUGCCUACCUGAAAUGGGUUCAGCCUACUGCGGAAUUCAUCGUUUUUUUGUUGUUGUUUUGUUUUCAGGAGACGAGACCGAACUACCGGCGCAAUAUUUGUGCAGCCGCUCGUGAGUUGGAUUGCAAACGGGAAUUAGAGGAGGAUCAGCAGCAGGAGCAGCGAUAA